AUGAACGCUCCGUCUGGGAUCGACUCAGAUUACUCAAGUGGCGAGGACGAAGUGUCGUCCCCUCCUUACUCGCCUGUCUCACCUAGCAAAUCUCACUUUUCACUGAAAGCUUUAUUCUUACCCACAGGCAAGCUCGACAAAGACAAGGCGGCAAAUCAUCAGGACAAGCCAGAGAAGAUAUCAGGAAAUCAGUUCGAAUCGUCUGGAAUCGCUCGAGCGCCCAGUCCAAUUCAACUCCGAGCGCCGAAGAAGAAAACCGUUAGGAUUUAUGUGAACGGGGAGAAGCACCCUGAUUCUACUGUCGAUGAUGCACAAGUCAGUCCGUCUUUGGACCUAGCAGCCUCGCCAACUACUCCCUUAUCGGUUGGAGAUGCUGGAAGUCCUUGGGCACGCGCUAUGAGCCCCUUCACUUCACCUGGUCCAAGAGGUCAAGGACCCCCGGCCAAUGAAGUGUUUCAACUGCUCCGACAACUCAUCGUGGAGACAACGCGGGCAAGAGAGGAUGGCAGUACAGGAGCUCGAUUGGACCCUCUCGAUGAACCGAGUGAUGUGGAAGCACCUGCUCCACCUGUGAAAGACAUGGGCGGGAAGAUGAAGACCAAGCCAAGCAAGUUGAAGAAGUUGGCCAAGAUGACGAAAUUGACCAGUCCGCCGAAGCAAGAUUCAUCGAGUGAUGCGUCGUCCUCUUUCAGCGCAACGGAUGGGUUUCGCAGCCCUGUACGGCCGGAUGAGUUGAAUGGAUUCAGUCAGCAGGAUCAGCGAGGGAAUCCUGCUCACAUUGACUCGAAUCAACCAUCCGGAUCUGCUUCCUCCUUCCCUUCGAUGAUCCACUACCAGCCUCCGGACGAUCGCGCCAAUCGUUUGCCAGAUGGAAGGAGAGCUCACAACCUAGCUGAUGAGUAUUAUCAUCCUGAGCGAUAUAUGACCUCUAGAUCCGGAGAAUUGAGUGAUGGCGCGGGAAAGGAUAGACCAGAUUCGCAGUUACCGUAUCUCGCUCAAUUCCCGGUGCCUCCUGGGCGCAACAAUGCCAGGGGUGGGGAUCAGCAGGCUAGGUUGAAGUCAUCAAAUCCCGAUGUUGCGGCAGACCGAUUCAUGCCAUCCGCACUGCGCUCUGUCCCCGUCCUGUCCCAUCGGCGAUGGGGUUCCGAUCCUCGUGGCGCGCAAGCCGAGACUACACAAAACUCGAUAUCUCAAGCAUAUUCUGGUCAGCCUUGGCAGAAUCUGUCCCAGAAUGAAAAUCCUGCCCCUCAAACGCAACACUGGAACUGCCCGCCUUACGGCGCACCAGGAGCACAGCAUUUCCAGCCUCCGUGGACAGCUCCAUCGUACCUUCAAGGUGCUUUGGGAUACCAUGUCCCACAUGCACAGCCGUACUGGCCAGAAGAACCACCACAUCUCGCACCUCUCUCACUCGCACAACCUCUUCAGCCGUGGCACCCCUGUUGCCCUCCUCAGAUACAUUACAUAUGGGGUCCACCUCCUUGGUAUCAGAGUCACAUGCCACCUGCAGAGCAACCACAUCAGUCUGAUGCCUCUCAGAGCCGACCUGAUGAUGCAAAGACGAAGGUUCUUCCCGGCGCGAGUAAUGCAGCCGAACCUGCCUGUGAAAGUACUGAAAGUCAAUCUGCCCCGAUGAAGGAUUCUCCGGUGGUGGCUCAAGUACAAGACUCGCGUGACAAAUCAAGGGACCCAGCCCCGCCGUUGGCGGCAAUGAAGACGCCGGAAUCUCCGAGGACCUCCGACAAAGGGGAAGACAAGGAUCGAACUCAGCCCCAGAACGCGUCAGCAGCUCCCCAUUCAGGACCAAGGAUGGACGAGUCGUCUGAAAGGCGGACACCAGCUCCGCUAAGCUUAGACGAAGCGACGGGUAUCAAAAAGAGACUUGACAAAGCCCAAUCGCAGCGUGAACAAUUGAAGAGGCGGAUACACGAAGGGAGAAUAGAUCGAGCGGAGGGGAAGAAAGAGCUUGAGGUCCUGACGAAGCUCAGGGAUGGACUUGAAUCGAGACUGAAAGCAGCGACGAGCAAGGAGACUGGUAGUGUGAGCGUCAAGGAUCCUGGAGCUGCCUCAAGCAGAGACAAGAAGACGUUGAAUCUGCCCUCCGGUUCCUUGAGGGAUAUGCGUGCAGCAGGUGCCACUGUGCCCACGUCUCCCCCUAGGGCACCGCAAAAUUCGAAGGACAAAAUGAAGGAGCAGAUCACUGACAUUGAGAAACGCAUGGUCAGAGUCAAGUCAAAGAUGCUCAACGGCGGCCUGGAGAAAGAAGAAGGCGAGAAGAUGCUGGCGAAAUUGGACACGAGCAGAAGGAAGAUGCGGGAAACGCUAGCUGCGAUGGAUGAUCCGGACUCAGAACUGGUAAAGAAUGAAGCGACGUCCACUGUGACAGGAGACGCUGUCAAAGAAGUGGAGAUGAAGAUGAAAAGGUUGAAAAUCAAAGUCAAAGAUGGCAGUGUGGCGAAGGACGAGGCGGAAAAGGCAAUGAAAAGGUUAUUGAAAGCGAAGGCAGAAUUGGAGAAAGGGGCUGAAGCAAAUCGUGAAACGACCGGAGAAGCCUCCCGUGAGGAUCGUAGCGAUCUAACUCGGGAGCUGGACCUAGAUAUACUGGAGCAAGUCUUGGCAGAGAUCCCUAGCAAGUCAGGAGAGGCUUCCAAUUCCGAGAACAAGAACACUGAGCGUAGGACAAAACCUGACGAGCGGGUUCAAUCAUCCAAAGGAUUCCAAGGGCACGGUAUCCAGCACAAAGGCUCACGGCAUGAGGAUGAAACUGGAUCGUCUGAGCAGCUCCAAAAUCCUACGCCUGACAGCCGUCGCGUGAAGCUGCAGAUACCUGGCGCAUGGCAUGACGAUCGUGUGCGACAAUCUGUUCAUGCAGCGACGAUCGACGCUAGCCAAGGGCAAGAAGAAGUGACAUGGACGAAAUGUCUAGUCUCCAUCGCUCACUGCAUCGACCUUGGUACGGACCUCUCCCGUUACUUGAUCUCCCGACAACGACACAGUAAAGACAACGGUGACCAGUCGACUUCUCUUGUCGUCGAGAUUCUCCCGCGACUCCUCACCUCGUUAAUGUUUCAACGAGACAUUGUCAGCUGCAUGCGUGGAAUCCUGGGAGAUGAGCACUCGAAAAUGAUGGGUGCGUUUCUGGAGCACAUCAUCAUCGUCAAGAGGUUUUUGGAAGAUCAGUACGCCAAGGAGAAGGAGAGAAAGUCACGGAAAGAUAAAGCCAACGACGACGUCGUCAAUGUGGAGGAUGCCUAUCACGGCUUGGUUCGUGCAUUCGAAUCGGGAUCACUGCACGCAAUCAUCGAUCAUGUCUUGGGCCUAAGCGACUUUUCGACGCCGCAUCUUCUAUCGACACUAAAAGACGCAUUGCAGGAAUGGCGAGAUGACGGCUUCUCAUUUAGGAAGAUCAUUCGUGUCAUCAUGACUGUUCGUGAGGAAUUAGACAAAGCUUCGAAAAAUGAAGCAAAACGGCUCAGAUCAGACAAAGCUAGCGUCGAGCCUUCUGGGACACUUGAUCUGCUUGACAAGUUGCUGCACUUCGCCGAGAGUGACAGCGAGGGUAGAAGAGUACUGAAGUCGCAAGGAGAGGGACUUCGUAUACGCAGGAAUGAAAGCAACCGCAAAGAGGCUAGAAGUGUUCAGAGUCAGCACAACUACGGGAUCGCGGACAAGGUCGCUCAAAUGUUGCAUCUUGACGGAAUUAGAGACAGCAGGCGGCGUGAGAGUGAACCGGAGAAGGCGGGUUCAGUGCCGCGGGACUCGGAAGCGCCGUCUAGACUUCAUCGGUUGAGGCGACCGGAGGCAUCAGGAUCACCAGCGCGACCCUCGAGUCGUCCUCCUCCUACCCAUCACCAUGUCUCUAGCACCGCAGACAUUCCCCUUCCACCCAUCACCAGCGAAUUUUUGGCGUCCGAUUCCGCCUCACCAAGAGCACACAGGAGACGGCCGUCUGGUCCGGCUCCUAAGCACGAUCACCAUUCGACCAUUGUUCGACCUCCGGGUCCAGCACCAGAAGCGAGAGGCUCGCAUCAUCAUGCCACUAUCGACAUCGAAGAAUAUCCCGAGGCGCCCAAGAAUUUGAAGCGGGGAGACAGCAUGGCGUCCAAAGCGUCCAAGUACUCUCAAGAUAGUGAAGGGACUGUCGAGUCUGAUGAGGAGGCUAAAGAGUUGCUCGGUAAUGCCGAUAGCGGUCCGAAGCCACUACAGUCUUCGGGCCUUGGUGAAGAGCAGAACGAUUCUUUACCCAGCGGCAGACAGGUGCGAAUGGCGAGAGAAGUAUUACGGGGCGGACCAGAAUGA